CGACCCACCGGGCCGGCGAUAAAGCCUCUCGCCCCACGCGGCGGCACCUCCACUCCGUUCCAUUUCCCACAACCUCUCCCUGACGGCCUGAAUCCCUCUCAUUUUCCGGCCAACUCGCGGCUAUCCGGAAGGAAAACAGGCCGGCCAUGGAGGGCUACGACCGCGAGUUCUGGCAGUUCAGCGACCAGCUGCGCCUGCAGACAGCCGCCUUCUCGGGCCUCUCCCUCGGCGACUCCAUCUGGUCCCCGGCCGCCGCCGGCGCCGACCGCCGCAAAUCCUCCCAGCCCGACGCCGCCGGCCUCUUCGCGUCCCCGCCGCCCGCCAAGAACGACCUCAACGGCAGCGGCGGGCCGGGGCUCAUCGGCUCCGGCAAGCUGGCCUUCGGCGCCACCACCACCAGCAAGGCCGACCGCUACAACCACCUCCCCACCGACAAGGCCGCCGCCGCCGCCGCCUACAGCAACAACAUCGGCAGUGGCUAUGCCAAGAGCAUCAGCAGCAACGGCUUUAAGAUGGGCUACAACAGCAGCAACAACAGCGGCGAGGUGAAGAGCUACUUCAACAAGUCCGCUGGGAGGCCCGCGAGCAACAGCAGCAGCGGGCACCACGGCGGCAAGAAGCACGGCGGCGGCGACUACGGCAAGAAGAAGCACGCCAAGAACGAGGGCGGCGGCAACGGCGCGGAGGCCGCGGACAAGCGGUUCAAGACGCUGCCGGCGUCGGAGGCGCUGCCGCGGGGCGAGGCCGUCGGCGGCUACAUCUUCGUCUGCAACAACGACACCAUGGACGAGAACCUCAGGAGGGAGCUCUUCGGGCUGCCGUCCCGGUACAGGGACUCGGUGCGGGCGAUCCGGCCCGGGCUGCCCCUCUUCCUCUACAACUACUCCACCCACCAGCUCCACGGCAUCUUCGAGGCGGCGAGCUUCGGCGGGACGAACAUCGACCCGACGGCGUGGGAGGACAAGAAGUGCCCCGGCGAGUCGCGCUUCCCCGCGCAGGUUCGCGUGGCGACGCGGAAGAUCUACGACCCGCUGGAGGAGGACGCCUUCCGCCCCAUCCUCCACCACUACGACGGGCCCAAGUUCCGGCUCGAGCUCUCCGUCACCGAGGCCAUCGCCCUCCUCGACAUCUUCGCGGACAAGGACGACGCCGCCUGAAUAUCUAUAAUGCCUUCCUUCGUCAGGCCGCCGAGCAACAAAUAAAGCAGACACCGUAUAUGUAAUGUAGUAGCGUACUAGCAUUGUUAUUAUGCACACCUUUGUUUGAUGCGAGGGCUAUGAGGCAUGCGUCCCAUUGUUUUGUUUCUACGAUGACACUAGCGCGAUGAUUUGCAGAGGAACAGCCCUCGUUUCUGCUCUUGUACUGUAAGUUGUAAGACGUAUCCGGUGCCAUGUACAAAUCACUUUGAGAUCUGUUCCUGUGUUGUAAACCUGAACAUAACGAGUGCCGCUUGGAUGGGAAUUCGUCCUUGCCGACAAUAUGA